AUGAUCAACAGAAGUUUAAGAGUGUUUGCAAGGAGAAUAGGACCUCUCUCGAAGUCUGCUGUUGCAUAUCGAGCAAUUUCUUGCAACAGGGUCGCCAUUCCCUCGCAAGUUAACAGUAUGCGUUUUUCAUCAUCGGAUCUGAAAAAUGGCAAUUCUAAUACAGCAUCGAUAAAAGUUGAUGAUCCACAACUUAUGAUCGCAUUUACAUGUAAAAAAUGUGAUACCAGAUCGUCUCAUACGUUUUCAAAGCAAUCCUACCAAAAAGGAACCGUAUUGAUUCAGUGUCCAGGGUGCAAAAACCGUCAUUUAAUAGCAGACAACUUGAAAAUAUUUAAAGACAACAAGUUCAGUUUAGAGGAAGUACUCAAGGCUAAAGGAGAGUCUGUAGCUACUGGAACCGAAGAUUUAGCGUUUAAUGAUAUUCCAGAAAGUUUAAGAGAGACGAUCGGCCAUCAUGCCAAAGAUGCUCCAGAGGAAUACAAGAAAAAAAUACUUGGUACGAGCGAAGGUGAUAAUCCUGAAAUACCAAGUAUUUCUGAUAAGAAGGUAUAG